CCCUAAAAUCAAACUCAAUCUCAGAAAGAAAAAAAAAAACAGAGAGAGCUUCUUCCCUUGUCCUAAAACCAAAAGAUGCGGCCUUUAGACGAGAACGAGACGACCGUCGUCUUCGAGAAGAUCUUCAAAUUCGUGGGCAACAACCUCAAGAACAUGGUCGAGAACCCAUCUCACGAAGGACCCGAACCAGAGCCCGGCCGCUACUGCUUCCGCCUCCAGAAGAGCAGAGUCUACUACGUCAGCGAGUCUCUAGUGAAGCGAGCCACCAACAUCUCCCGCAAAAGCCUGGUCUCCAUCGGAACCUGCAUCGGGAAGUACACUCACGCCGGGAGCUUCCACCUGACGAUCAUGUCGCUCAACCUCUUGGCGGCGAACGCGAAGCACAAGGUGUGGCUGAAACCCACGUCGGAGAUGUCCUUUCUUUACGGGAACCAUGUGUUGAAAGGAGGGCUAGGGAGGGUUACUGAUAGUAUUGUGCCUGGAGAUGGAGUUGUCGUGUUCUCCAUGUCGGAUGUUCCGUUGGGGUUUGGGAUUGCGGCGAAGAGUACGCAGGAUUGUCGGAAGUUGGAUCCGAAUGGGAUCGUUGUGCUUCAUCAGGCUGAUAUUGGUGAGUAUCUGAGGGAUGAAGACGAGCUUUGAAAGGCUUUUGGUUUUGAUUGUUGUUUUAAGUUUUGUUUUGAGGUUUAUGAUAUGUAACUUGGUGUUGGAUCUAUGAAAGUCUCGAUUUUUAUUAAUCUGUUUGAGAUGUUAUGUCUGUUUUGCGUGUAUCAUGUAAGCUGGCAAGUAUUCGAAACAGCUUCAUUUGCUUUUGGA